AUGACCGACGUUCAUGUGUUUUCACUAGGUGUGCGUGGAUACAGUUGUCAUGUGUUUAAUGAUCCUGAUACUGCGUGGAAGCUGCACAAAGAGUUACAUCUGAUUGCGUGGCGUGGAGAGCAUGAUACGGAUUUACGUUUGGAUCGCUUUGACGCUCGGAAUUUGCUGGAAGAUCGGAGUGUAUUUCGUCAGCUAAAAAAGAGAAAGCGGACGCCGAUCAAGCGCACAAAAGUACGUACAAAAACAGGAGAGAAAGAAGAUGAAGAAGACACGGAGGAGCAGGUGCUGCAUCGUCUGCGUUUCGGAGAUUACGCGGUCGAGUUUCCACCAUUGGACAAGACGUUUCCAGUGGCGAACAAAUUCCCUUAUCAAUACUCAGAUGAUGAAAGUGACCAAGAGAUUGAUGGAGAAGCUUUUGAACCACUGUGGAAGGUGCCCGACCAUCUCAUCUUGCCUAAGACUAAGAAACGGCAUGCGAUCCUGGAAGCUACAGCUAACAAGGUGCGAGAGCAUCCGCAGCUAGAGGUUUUGCUAAAGGUCAAGCUUGGUGCGAUUGCCAAGUUUCGUUUUUUGGAUACUUCGCAUGAGCUACAUGGCUACUAUUGCUUUCUGCGCGACGAGAACCCUCAAGCUGUGUCAGCGAGAAAAAAGAGUGCCGGCGUUUUACUUUUAGGAGAGGAGUAUGACGAUGAUAGUGAUGAAGGAGACGAGAAGAAGCCGUCAAGGGUACACGAAGAUGAUACACAAGAGCAACGCCAGCUGAAGGCUGCUCGACAUCACCAAUGA